AUGCUAGCCUCUACCCUUUUCAAGAUAGUCGCCGUCACGGCCUGCAGCGCUCCGGUGCUGGGUCGUGACCUUCGACUGGGUAGCAACGCCAAAGUUGCCGGCCGCUCCGCCUCGGACGACAACAGCCACGCCAUCCAAGCCAGGGAUGUUUUUCACCGUUACGAUAAUGGGAGGCUACCAUAUAUUUGCAGCAUCCCGCUUAUCGGCCAAAUUCCCAAAGUCUGCCGAGCUCCGAAAUAUGCGCCCACCCAGGCUAGUGCUGGUGGUGCUGGUACUAGUGGUUCUGGUGCUGGCGCUUCCGGUUCUAGUGCCAAGGGCGAUGUUAAUAUAAUGAUUGGCUCCGGCAACACUUACACCGGCAAUACUGUCGGAGCCGUUCCUAGCUCCACCACCUCGGGAACCAACGCUUUGGCGGGUGGCGGUCUUGAUAAUGCUAUUGGUGGCGCUUUGAGCGGCGCUCUGGGUGGUUCCGGAGGUGCUGCCGGUAGUGCGGCUGCCGGUGAUGCUUCUUCGCUCAACACUGCCGGUGGUGCGGCUGCCGGUGAUGCUUCUUCGCUCGGAGCUGCCGGUGGUGCGUCUGCCGGUGGUGCUUCUUCGCUCAACACUGCCGGUGGUGCGCCUGCCGGUGGUGCUUCUUCGCUCAACACUGCCGGUGGUGCGCCUGCCGGUGGUGCUUCUUCGCUCAACACUGCCGGUGGUGCGCCUGCCGGUGGUGCUUCUUCGCUCGGAGCUGCCGGUGGUGCGUCUGCCGGUGGUUUUGGAGAUGAUACUUCGACCGCCCCAGACGCCGGUGGCUACGCUUCAGACCCUACUGGGGCUGCCGCUAAUUCCGGUGCCCCAGCAUCCGCCGGCGCCAGGGGCAACUCUGCUGCCGGCGCCACUGCCGGUGGCCGCUCUGCUGGCGGCAUGGGAACUGACCCUUCCAUAGCUGACUCUGCAGACGGCUCAGACUCUGCAGCCUACGGCUCCGAUGCUGACCCUGCCGCGGGUGGCGCCGCCGCCUCCAAAGCCGGCCGUUCUGCAGCUGCCUCUGCCGGUGGCAAUUCUGCGGCUGGUAUGGGAGGUGAUCCUUCCAUGGCUGCCUCUACCGACACUGCCGACACUUCCGAGUCAAAUGGCGCCGAGCCUCCCUCGGGUGCUCCAGGUACCGCUGGACCCAAAGCUCAUGAAUCUGUGGGUGUUUCUAGAGGUCAAUCUUCUGCACGUGGCACUGGCACUGACUCCACCUCGCUUAACAAGCGCGCGGCAAAGGUUGAAGCUGCCAGCAAAAAUAAGCGGCUCCCCGCGAAAUGCCAUGUCCCCAUCAUCAAAUCGUUGGGCAGAUGCCACCGCCUAAGGAAGGAGAAAAAGGCGGCAAAGAAGCUGGCAGAGGCCAAGGCAGCGCACGACCAGGCCGUCGCCGAUACCACCAAGCACCACGAUCAUGAAAAGCGCUCCAUCAAAUGCUAUGUUCCUCUAGUCCGCAGCUUCAGCAGCACAUGCAGGGCCAAGAAAGCCGCCAAGAAACAGGCCGAAGCCAAUGGCGGCUAUGGAGACUUUAGCAGCCAUGGUGGCUAUUCUUCCCAGACUGGUUACGGCACCGCGGCUGGUGGCAUGGGUGGUGGUUAUGAAGCCACUGGCGGCUACUCUUCCCAGGCUGGUUACGGCAUGGGUGGCAGUGGCAUGGGUGGCAUGGGUGGCAUGGGUGGCAGUGGCAUGGGUGGCGGCGCCGGUUACUCCAGCGGGGGUGUCUACAGGCGUUCUGCACCGGCAGCUCAUACUGCUGGUCAGGACACCAACGAGGUAGGACUGACGCGCUUGCACCUCAAGUGCAGAUUGGGUGCAUUGAGCUUCGUUUUUGAGACAUGCCGCGACAUUUACAAGGCCAAGGAAAAGUCAAAGGCUAGAGGUCAUGGCGCCCAUUCCUCCAUGGGUAGCUCAUACCCCGGGGCCGGAGACAGUUACUCGAGUGGCGCUUCGAGCGGUGGUUCCUACGGAGGCAGCAUGGGCGGCAGUAUGGAUAUGGGUAUGAGUGGCGGCAGUAUGGACAGCAGCAUGGGCGGUAGCAUGGGCGGUAGCAUGAGCGGUGGCAUGGACAGCAGCAUGGGCGGUGGCAUGGGCGGUGGCAUGGACAGCAGCAUGGGCGGCGGCGCCAGCAGCGCCAUGGGCGGUAUGAGCGGCGGCUACUGA